AUUCAUUUCUCUCGGCAGUGGUAUUAGUGAUAUCCACCUGCUAUGUGAAAGCUUGGUAAAAGUCGAAGUCAUUGGGGGAGUCAACUGGGCCAUGCAGCUUAAGUUUGAACCUCUCUGCAAAUGAGAGAAGAAAUCGAGUCAACUUUCAUAUUCAAGACCCAGCCACCAGUAGUCUUUCUCAGUUGGUUCGAACAAGUCUAACCUCGUGCUCAAACCACAGAGCAAGGAACAGACAUAUACAUGUAAUGACACCCGACAUGCACGCGCAGGGGCCGAUGUGAUCACCCUGCAGCUCAAAUCUGAUUACUGAAUCCUGACUAGCGCAGGCAGCCCCCGUCAGAAGCGUUUAGUUCGGGUGGCCUGGGCCAUCUCGUGCAGGGUCUGUUCUGGCGGUGGGAUUUGGCGGUGGACUUUAUCGACGGCCCAACAGCUUGCUUCAUUUCCUUGGCUGCUCCCCGCUGAUCAGAUGCUCAUUAUAGUGAACUCGAUUUUUUUUCCUUGGGGAAGAGGCCAGAGUUCGAAAGAAUACUAGACGUACCGUCAGGCAUAUUGUGCACAUAGACCAUCGUAGUUCAGAGUUCAACUGUUUGUUCAAGCUUCAAGGAGCAAUGGGGAAUGUGGCAACAGACCUGGGGUGCGUUUUCCAAGCUUAGUGUCUGUUGAAUUUCCUUCCUUUUAUUCCGAUGAAAAGUUUGAAUAUACUUUUAAUCAUCUGUUUCCGUCGAAGAAAUUCAAGUCCCCAUAAACGUCACAACCAGUGACGUCCAGUAUCCAUUUUUUCCCUGACGAAGACUGGAAACAAAACCUCGUCAUCAAGUUCAGACACUCGUUUUCACUUCUAAUCAGUUACCGUCUUUUUUUACAAAUCGUAAGCUUUCUGGAGCUUCUUUUAUUAAAGCUUUCUCGGUACAAAACAUGGAGUCGACGUACUUAACCAUUGCGGAUAAAUAUGUACUUGCGUGUUGAGGCAUGGUUGAGGCUACCUUGAGGUUAUUCCCCUCCGCCGCGUUCGAUGGCGGUUGCCGGAUUACUAGAUACAAACUCGUCACUUUCUGUAAAAUCUGACCUGCUUGGGUGAUUCAGCCUUCAUUUCUCAAACCACUCCUCUUUCCGCGACGAUGGAUUUUUUUCCGUUGAGGGGAAAUUAUGCAAUCUGUUUGAGGCCGGACUUGUCCUUAUGACUUCCGGCUAUCCUCAGCAAACCGAUUACGCUGGGAACCGACUCCACGCUCCCUUGACAUCCCGUCGCACUGAUGGCAUCAUGUGAUUUCGCGUACAACAGUCCCUCACGGAGGAAGUCCCUAUAGACGCCGGGGAAUAAGUGCAGUUGCGCAGCGCGCGGUGUCUCCAUUCCAUAUGGGGUAGGCCAAUGCAAGGCUGGGACGGUGCCGCCCGGCUGCAAAAACUGGAGCAGAGCAUGCAGCGCUCAUGCCUUGGCCCGUGCACGUGACUGCGGGGAGCGCAACCCAACAACGCGCAGCUCUCCGCACAAUGGUCCAAUCUUGAGCUGAUGUCAGAUACAAACUACACGGUCGAGGGGCAGUGCUACUGAAAACAUUAAGGGAACAGCGAGGCGCACAUCCAGGUUAAACCACAGCUCGUGAAGAAGAUGAGGAGGAAAUGGCUCCACUGUUCCUGCAUCAACCUUCUUCUGUUCAUCCCCAUCUGCUGGGUACCCCUCCUCCUUUACCUGCGCCUCGGCUCUCAAACUGGAGGUGAAGCAAAUCUGCGUCUCGUUGGUUUCAAAACCAGGGACGGGUUCUCUCCUUUGAACGAGGCCCGGCGCGUUGGUAUACACGCAGGCAGAGGCGGUGGUGCUCGCAGACACAAUGCAAAGUCACUCGGGAGUAUUCCGGAGAGUAUCGCGGGCAAGAUCGGACCCCUCGUUGGGCGUGAUUUCCACCGAGCAGACGACGCCGAUACAAAGUGGCGGGAAUUGGACUUGGCCAAAGGGAAAGAUAUGCAUGGCAACGAGCCAGAUGUGGUGAGGCUCACAGUAAGCAGGAAAUUAAGGCGAAAGCCGGAAAACUUGGAGAACGAGAAUGUCAGAAAAUCUUAUUCAACCAGAACGUUUGGAUCGCCUGAAAAAAAUGGUACUUUGGAAUUGCAUUUGCUUGGCGAAAAACGUGGACAUUUAACAGAUGCGGAAAAGAUUCCCCUCAGUGUCUAUGGCAACGGGACUUUACCAUUUCGGCAAACAGGGUAUAGAUGGCGAGAUGAUGGGCCUGGAGAAUCGGGUAAACCGGUUUAUCUGUCACCGAAAGAGCAGCAAGUGGCAAAUGCUACCUUUAGCAUCAACCAGUUUAACCUUUUGGUUAGUCAUCAGAUCGCCCUAAACCGUACGUUACCAGACGUUAGACCUCCCAGAUGCCGCAUUUUAAGGUACCCAAAGAAUCUACCCACGACCAGUGUUAUCAUCGUGUUUCACAACGAGGCCUGGAGCACGUUGCUUCGCACCGUCACCAGCGUCAUCAACCGGUCCUCCCGGGAGCUGGUGAAGGAAAUCGUUCUGGUGGAUGAUGCCAGCGAACCCAAGUUCGAUUGGCUGCAAAAACCGCUCGAGAAGUACGUAGCCGGUCUCCCGGUCUCUGUCAAGGUGGAGCGUCUGAAAUCGCGGCAAGGAAUAGUGGCGGCCCGUCAUCUGGGCGUGUCUGUGUCCAAGGGGGAGGUGCUGACAUUUCUGGAUUCACACUGCGAAUGCACCAAGGGUUGGUUGGAACCGUUGCUGGAGAGGAUUGCAAGAGACAGGACACGCGUCACCAGUCCCGUCAUCGACUCCAUCAGUGACACCACCUUCGAGUAUAGCGCCGCCCCCGGCCUGCCGUUGAUCGGCGGUUUUUCCUGGCUGCCGGAGUUCACGUGGACCGGGGUGCCCUUGCGGGAACAGCGGCGGGUCAAUUACGAUAUCCACCUGCCGCUCAGGACGCCUACCAUGGCGGGCGGGCUUUUCGCCAUCCACCGUGAUUUCUUUCGCCGUCUCGGCGGCUACGACACUGGCAUGAGGAUCUGGGGCGGAGAGAAUCUGCAACUCUCCUUCAAGGUUUGGCAAUGUGGGGGUUCGUUGGAGAUCGUGCCUUGCUCUCACGUGGGUCACGUCUUCCGAUCCACCACCCCCUACGACUUCCCCGAGGGUGCCGAGACCACCGUCCUACGAAACAACCGACGAUUCCUGGAGGUGUGGGCCGAUGCCUACACGCGAGAGGUUCUGUACGCCAUGACGCCGGCCUACCGAGGCGUGGACUACGGGGACGUGAGCGGGGAGAUCGCCCUCCGGGACCGCCUAGGCUGCAAGGGGUUCCAAUGGUACCUUGACGCGGUCUACCCAGAACAUACUCUGCCCUUGAAAUUCAGCGUGCUUGGCGCGAUUAAAAACCUCGGUGUCAACAUGUGUCUAGACGGCAUUGCUUCAAGGAAGGAUGGAAGGAGAGAUGUGGACAUAGACGCAGCCUUGGAAUUGUGUCAGGGCAGCGGGCCAGGUCAGGUGUUCGCUUACAAUUCAAGAAACCAACUACAACAUGACCGUCAAUGCCUGACUGCCGUAGAGGGCACUAAAGCGGCUCAGCUGCGGUUCUGCAUUGGUGACGAAGCGAGAAAUGCAAAUCAACGAUGGGUAUACAACAGCAAGGGGAUGACCAUCGUCAACGUGAGCACAAAAAACUGUCUGGAUGUAAAGCCCUCGGAGGCUGACGACGAUAUUUUCUUGGCAACUAUGAAUGAGUGUGAUGGCGCCCUCUCGCAGCAAUGGACAAUGCACAACAUAACCAUACGUGGAUUCAGUUGACGGAUGUGGAACAAUCGCCGCCAGCCGUGACUCAAAUUGCCCCGCCGGGAGAGGGAUUCAGUUUACAACCCUGACCCCUUCCAACACGCGGACACACUGUCGGCCGAUAACAGAGAUCGAGUAGUGUUUCCGAUGUUGCACUGUGAUGCCUUCAUGUGUGGGGGCCUGGACCGCCCUGUCCGGAUUUCGACAGCAUCAGUGACUUCAUUCACGCUGGCGGGGAGGGGGGGUCACAAAGUUCGACCUUCAGAAAGCCGGAAGCAGAGGAAGAGGGCUGAACCCACAGUACGUUAGAGGGUACUGUUCCUUAUCAUGAAAACGGUAUUUGUAUAUAUCAGGGCCAGUGCACACGUACAGGUACAUAUAGGCCUAGAACAUCCCCUCGAUUGACGCCAUGGGCACCAAUUCCCCACCCCCCCUGUCCAUUUAGGCCUACGUAGGUCACCAGUAGCCUAAGCGUGCUUUACACAACAAGGAGGUUCGCCCCGGAACUUUAACUCGCCGCGGCAAGAUCUUGUAACUCGCCGCGGCGACACAAAUUCAACGAUUUAACUCGCCGCGGCGACCUAGACAUUCAACGAUUUAACUCACCGCGGCAAGAUCUUGUAACUCGCCGCAGCGACAUACAAAUUCAACGAUUUAACUCGCCGCGGCAAGAUCUUGCAACUCGCCGCGGCGACAUAAGCAUUCAACGAUUUAGCUCACCGCGACAAGAUCUUUUAACUCGCCGCGGCGACAUAGACAUUCAACGAUUUAACUCGCCGCGGCGAGAUAGUAACUCCAUUUUUUUUUGGCAAGUGGCCCUGAUGCGCUUCUGUCUGUUCGGCAUCCUGGCAAAAAGGGUAAUUCCACGCAGUAUUGGGAAUCGCUCGCACUGUUAUCAAUUCCUGUAGAGUUGUUAUUCCCUCACAAAAAAAUAAAUAAAUAAAUAAAAUGAAAGCGUGGAAAUAAAGGAUAGGCCUACAACGAUAUUGUGACCACUAUUAACUUCCAUUAAGCAAGAUUCUUUUCAAGGCCUAUAAUUCAGAAGUUCUAGCGACUUCACUUUGCAAAGCUGAGUCACAAACACGACUUUUUUAAAACCAUCAUCAACCUACAAGUUCUAUUCAGCGUUCAAGAAAAAAAGAAGAAAAUUUGCUCAAAAUAAACUUGUAUUGGCUUGCAAAAUAUGUCCCAUGUAUGGAAAAACACGUCAGGACUAGGACAAUGCCCAUUUGACGUAUUCUGUACGAUCUGGUCAACAAACCAAGCGCGUAGGCAAUUUACUAAAUACUGACAUUCUGAUUACAUGCCAAGAGCAGAACAUUGAGUUUAGACAGCCGCGGGGUCGAAAUUCGGCCUUUCCUUCACAGACUCCUCGGAAAUCCAGAGAUGACAUUAAAACAGCAGUCCCACGCAGUGACGCGGGGGAAAACCUCCUAGCUAGAGGGCCAACUUCACGUUAGAUAAAAAUCCACUAAAAUCGAAGUUUCUGAUAAAAAGAGUAGCUUUAUUUGUGUUUCCAAUACUGCCACUGGAACCAAUCGUACGGUGGACAACCAUUCGGUGUUUAAACUACGGUUUUUGAUUGGCCAAGUCCAUCGUACAUGUACCUAGUACUGUGCAUCCGUAUUCAACAUAACUGCAAUUUUUGUUGGUUUGUGGUAGUUGGUUUGUGGUAGUUUUACGUAGAACGCAAUAUAUUUUACACAAUUAAGUAGACUUAUACACUAUAAUCACUUUAUGAGAAUAAACAGAAAAACUGAAAGAGAAGUAAACGAAAAAACAAAUCUUACAAUCACAAAAUAAAUCUUUAAAUUACGGCAAAAAACGUGAAAGACAAUUUGGCUUAGAAGAUAGAAUAGACAGCCCUACAGACAUUUUAUUUGUUUGCAAACACAGAAAGCCAUUUUGUAUGGGCGGUCAAACUUCGCAAAAAGUUCACCAUCAUAGUUUACAACGACGUGUGCCUCAAAUGCACAUUUGCUAUAUCGGUGGCAUCAAGGGAGGCAUUCCCUGACAGUGUUAUAACAUUUACAUGAGAUUUUGUCGACACUUUGAGAACUACUCCUUUGGCAUUGAGCUCACGGCCAACCUGACUGGUUGGCAAAAUGCGCUUGUGACCAGAGGCAAAAGAAAUGCCGAAGUGAAGCGUGACUGUACAGGAACCGUAGACAAAUGGGCUUAUUUAGCCUUCGGGCGCUGAUCGUGGUAAGAUGUGUCCACAGCAUCUGAGCAACAGUUGGCAAAAUUUAUUCAUAAUUUAUCUUGUUUAAAUUCAAACGUGAAAAGUGCAUCGCAUAAUUGCAGAACGGGCCUCAGAAAGCUCUCACAUCAGUUCCCUCUUCCCUUAUCCUUACAUUCUAAACUCCUGAUCCUACCAAACACAAAGUGCAAUCUACAUUCAAAUUAAUUGGAAAAACUGUCCUUUGCACCAGAUAGUCCUUAUAUAAGAUAAAUGAGGGAAAAUCGCUCGCAAAAUUAAAACCGAACUAAAUUGAGUUGAAAACGAAUGAAAUACUACCAUAAACAAAAAUGACACAAAAAAAAAAAAAAA